CAGCAAGUUGGCCUCAUCUCCAAGGAGCCCUUGCCUUUUCCUGAACCCACAACACCAUGGUUUCCCAUUUCAUGGGGUCUCUCAGUGUCCUGAGUUCCCUCUUGCUGCUUGGAUUCCAGCUCGUCUACUCACAGCCCUCUAAUGAACACAGAAAGGUCCCGCAGCGGAUGACAGCGGUUGAGAGCGCCCCGGAGGACAGCGGCGGCGGCGCCCCUGGCGUGUGGGGCUCAUGGGGCCCGUGGUCCGCCUGCUCUCGCAGCUGCAGCGGUGGCGUGAUGGAGCAAACCCGGCCCUGCCUACCAGGCUCGUACCGCGCGCGCGGGGGUCGGCGGCCGGUAGCCCCCGCACGCACCUUCGCCGGCCACGUGGUAUCGGCCGUGCGCACCUCUGUGCCCCUGCACCGGAGCCGCGACGAGCCGCGCGCCCCUGUGGGCCUCAACGCCAGCCGCCAGGGCCCGCUCCUGCGGGGUAGCAGGCACCCGCCUCCCCCGGGCCGCGAACCCACAGGCAACAGAAGGACCAGGACCCGAGGUCCCAUCGGCCCUGGCAAGUAUGGCUAUGGGAAGGCCCCAUACAUCUUACCACUGCAGACGGAUUCUGCACACUCACCCCAGAGGCUUCGGAGGCAGAGGCCAACAUCCCCGCAUUCCAGGUCCCAGGGAGCAUCUGGUCUUAGCCAUGACUACAGCCCGCCUGCCCACCAGGCCCCUCACCAUGGGCCUCUGUACAGGAGUGACAAUGGCCCUGGUUCAGCUCUGCAGGGCUCAGAGGCCUCCAUCUACCAACUGCCUCUGACCAAUGGCCAAGGCUACCCUGCAGCUUCGAGUCUCUUCCACAGCCCAGAAGCAAGGAACAGCCAUGGCCUGGGGACCCCCAGAGCAACCCAGAGUUUCUCCCAGCCUGCCCGGGCUGCAGCCAUCUCCUGCAUUGGGGCCUAUCGGCAGUACAAGCUGUGCAACACCAACGUGUGUCCUGAAAGCAGCAGAAGCAUCCGGGAAGUGCAGUGUGCCUCCUAUAACAACAAGCCGUUCAUGGGUCGCUUCUAUGAAUGGGAGCCAUUUGCAGAAGUAAAGGGCAAUCGGAAGUGCGAAUUGAACUGCCAGGCCAUGGGCUACCGCUUCUAUGUCCGGCAAGCUGAGAAGGUCAUUGAUGGCACCCCUUGUGACCAGAACGGCACAGCCAUCUGCGUGUCUGGGCAGUGCAAGAACAUUGGCUGUGACGACUACCUAGGCUCCGACAAAGUCGUGGACAAAUGUGGGGUUUGUGGAGGCGAUAACACGGGCUGUCAGGUGGUGUCUGGCGUGUUUAAGCACGCCCUCACCAGCCUGGGCUACCACCGAGUUGUUGAGAUUCCCCAAGGAGCCACAAAAAUCAACAUCACGGAGAUGCACAAGAGCAACAACUACUUGGCCUUACGAAGUCGCUCUGGCCGCUCCAUCAUCAACGGUAACUGGGCAAUUGACCGACCCGGAAAAUACGAGGGCGGAGGGACCAUGUUCACCUACAAGCGUCCAAAUGAGAUUUCCAGCACCGCGGGAGAGUCCUUUUUGGCCGAAGGUCCUACUAAUGAGAUCUUGGAUGUCUAUAUGAUACACCAGCAGCCCAACCCAGGAGUCCACUAUGAGUAUGUGAUCAUGGGGACCAAUGCCAUCAGUCCACAGGUGCCACCUCACAGGAGACCAGGGGAGCCGGUCAACGGCCAGCUGGUGACAGAAGGGAGGAGCCAGGAGGAGGAAGGAGAGGAGAGGAGUGAGGAGAAAGAAGAUGCGCUCAGAGGCACACCUGAAAUUUUCACAGCAGAAUCAGCCCAAACCUUCCCACUCAGGCCUCCAGAUAGAUUUUCUUCCCAUCUACCAGAUAAUCUGGUGCCACCAGCACCACAGUCCCCUCGGCGAAGCCGGGACCACAACUGGAAGCAGCUGGGGACAACAGAAUGUUCCACGACCUGCGGGAAAGGGUCACAGCACCCAAUUUUUCGCUGUGUGCACAGAAACACUCAUGAAGAGGUUCCCGAGAGCUACUGUGACUCCAGCACGAAGCCCACGCCUGAGGAGGAGGCCUGCAACAUCUUCCCCUGUCCAGCCUUCUGGGACAUCGGGGAGUGGUCCGAGUGCAGCAAGACCUGUGGCCUGGGCAUGCAGCAUCGCCAGGUGCUGUGCCGCCAGGUGUACGCUAACCGCAGCCUGACGGUGCAGCCCCACCGCUGCCAGCACCUGGAGAAGCCCGAGACCACCAGCACCUGCCAGCUCAAGAUCUGCAGUGAAUGGCAGAUCCGGACCGACUGGACCUCGUGCUCAGUGCCCUGUGGAGUGGGGCAGAGGACCCGAGACGUGAAGUGCGUGAGCAACCUCGGGGACGUGGUUGACGACGAUGAGUGCAAUAUGAAACUCCGGCCGAACGACAUUGAGAACUGCGACAUGGGUCCCUGUGCCAAGAGCUGGUUCCUCACCGAGUGGAGUGAAAGGUGCUCGGCGGAGUGUGGGGCUGGAGUGCGGACUCGUUCGGUGGUGUGCAUGACCAACCACAUCAGCAGCCUGCCCCUGGAGGGCUGUGGGAACAAUCGACCAGCAGAGGCCACCCCCUGUGACAACGGACCCUGCACGGGCAAGGUGGAGUGGUUUGCGGGGAGCUGGAGUCAGUGUUCCAUCGAGUGUGGGAGUGGGACCCAGCAGAGGGAGGUGAUUUGUGUUAGGAAGAACACAGACACCUUUGAAGUAUUGGACCCUUACGAAUGUUCCUUCCUGGAGAGACCCCCCAGCCAGCAGUCCUGCUACCUCAAGCCUUGUGGGGCCAAAUGGUUUAACACAGAAUGGAGCAUGUGCUCCAAGAGCUGCCAGGGCGGCUUCCGGGUCCGGGAGGUGCGCUGCCUCUCAGAUGACAUGGCUCUCAGCAAUCUCUGUGACCCCCAGUUGAAACCAGAAGAAAAAGAAUCCUGUAAUCCUCAGGACUGUGUCCCUGAAGUUGAUGAAAACUGCAAGGACAGAUACUACAACUGCAACGUGGUGGUCCAGGCACGCCUCUGCGUCUACAACUACUACAAGACUGCAUGCUGUGCGUCCUGCACACGUGUGGCCAGCAGGCAACCAGGAUUCCUGCGCAGCAGAUAACCCCCCAGCACAUCAGGGAACAGGCCCGGGAGUCUAAGCAGCGGGACUGCGGCUGCACGCACAGGGGCUCCCAUGCCCAGGGCCUGCCAGCCAGUUGCAUCACACUUCCUGAAGGCAGGUGGUUGCACCUACCCUUCAUGGACCUCUGCGGGGUCCAUGAGCAAAGCCACCGUGCCUCGCCUGGGGAUCUGCCACCUGAAAACCCCACAGCAGGGAGAGUGUGUCCCUUUCAUGCUGACACUCUCCAGCUCAGCAGUGGGCCCUAAUGGUGCCACCGAUUUUUCUGAUAUCAGCACCCCUUGGAGAGUCAGAAGAGGCAGUGACUCUCCCUACAGCCUGGCUAAGCCUUGCUGAGAUGUCUGCAUACCUCAGCCUGACUCUGCCUGUUUCCAUUCUCAAAGAUAUCAGCCUGUUUUCCUACCUAAUGACACAACUAUCUAUGUCAAUAUAGAGGUUUAGCUUCACAGAUAUAUUCACAAAUAUCAGCUCAUUAGCACCUCAUGAUACCCCAGAAUGGGAGUCAGGGAAUGAAGCACUAUCCCUGGUUUGCUGACAGGGUCACUGACCUUCAGGGUACAGUCACUCGUUCAGGCAAAGCUGAGACCUGACCCCAGCUGACCACAAAACCCUCAGUCCAAGGUCUGUCCAGAAGUCCUAGGUCUCAGGAUGCAGGUCAUAUCUGACUGACAGACUGAGAGGUUUCUAAUCUGACAAAGCCCAGCCCUUUGAAUCCUUUCCUUUCUGAUUCCCUACUCUCAGCUGUUUCAAAGUCUGUUUCUAUUGCCAUCUCCCCCACUGAGUCACAGGACUCUGCAGGUUUUAUUAACCGCACCUUCAUAGAUUCGUACGAGGAGGCAAGAAAGCAAGGUGAUUGCCUAGAAAUCUGAUUCCAUUCUCUAGAAUAGGUACCUCCCGUAGAUCCUAGUGGGUUACCUUUGGCCACAGAGUCUUUGUGUCCCAAAAAAGAUUUACAGAGCACUCUGACUCCAGCCCCUCAUUUAGCCAGUCAUCCUAAGCUGUUCACCUGCAUUUCUCAGUAGAAGGGCUGAUCCAUCUGCCCCAGCAAAAACACUUCACUUAUAUUUGAAUCUCCCUUUGGUCUUUCCAGUUCAAUUUAUAGAUUUCUCUUUGUGAAUUCUCAUCCCUCCUUCCCCCAACUCACAAUCCAUAACCUCACCUCCCAGAAUUGAGCACUAAGAUCUUCAUUAAUGCAGCCAGCUGAGAAAAGCUGAGCUAUGAACCCAUCUAUUGACAGCUGCAACAGCAGGGUCUUUCUUUCCUGAGUCACUUAACUAGCUGAACAGUCAUAUGUCACUUAAUGAUACAUUCUGAGAAAUGCAUUGUUAGGCAGAUUCCUUACUGUGCAAGUGGCAUAAAGUGUAAUUACACAGACCAAGAUGGUAUACCUGCUACACACCUACUACGUACAGGGACCACCAUCCUAUAAAUGAUCCACUGUUGACCAAGAUAUUGUUAGGCAGCACAUGACUAUGAUUGCAGAGGCCUCAGACUGGAAGGGAAUGUAGUGCCUAUUGGAAGACGAACUGUCUGAAAAUUAAGGGGGGAAAUGUAUGUAUGUUUAUAUAUAUAUACAUAUACAUGUAUAUACAUAUACAUACAUAUAUAUACAUACACACACAUAUAGAUAUGUAUAUAUUUAUCCAUUAAGAAUAAUGUCAAGCUAAGCUUACAGAAAAUGUAUUCUAUUUAGUACUGUUGGUCCUAGGUCUAUUUCCCUUUCAAAGCAAGCCGGAUUCUUAGCAAUUCACUUUUCCCCAUGAGCCCUUUAACCCCAAAUCUGCAAAAACACUUUACUUAUAUUAGAGUCAGCUUUUGGAAGCAGCUUUUACCACCAGCUGAGUCUGACAUUCUGUUAGGUUCCUACUACCACUGGGUUUUCAGAAAUUCUCUUUGACCUUCUUGGGUGUCCUUUUCCCCAAGUGGCAGACACCACUGUCCCAGAGCACCCUCCUCUCUCCUGACCUGUGGGUAACUUGUGUGGAUAAGCAGCAGGCAGAGGCCCAGAGAUCAGUGCCAACCAAGCAAGAGCAGAGCAGAGACACCAAGGCUGUUGAGGGGGGUAGGGGGUCCCCCCCAGGACCACUCCCCUCUCACUACUUACUUUUGCUUCUUGUCACGAAGUAUGUUUUCCUUUACACAGCACCUCUCACAUCUUGCUGAACACACCCAUCAUGUGAAGGCAUCCUCAGAAAAGACUGGAUCUUGCGCGUGCUGGAGAGCAAGGCAAGAUCUCUGGGUAGAAUAGAAGAAAGACUGGUAUCAGCUCAAGUUAAGUGAGGAUAUUCUAGCCUUCCCUGCUGCCCCACAGAGGCAUGUGACAGAGGUCCGAGCCCACUCUCUGUGAAUGACAGCUCUAUCCUUCAAGGGAUUUCUCCAUCAAAAGGGAGGUGAACACCCCAUGUGCUCCUACUCAGGAUUCAGUGAGUGGGCUGGUUCCCUUUACAUCUCACAAUUCCUUGUGGCUCCCAGGUGUCACCUAACUGUCCUUUGAGAGAGCGGUCCUGAUGGGCACAGGAGCAGUGGGUCAAGUCACUCUGGCAGGAGGGGAAGAACCUAAAGGCAAGUUCUUUUCUAACAAAUAGUUGAGCUCUUCUUAGAAUUCAUUCUUCCUGGGAAAGACUAUAAAUUGCUAGAACAAGGAUUUUAUCAACUUGUCUGAGAGAUCGACCUUUUACUAAUUUCCUAGCUUCAUAUGUUGGCAUCUAAACACCUUUGUUAACAUAACGUACAGUUGUGGUCCUUUGGUCUUUACGUGAGAACUUCCGUGGGGAGGAAAUCUGAGGGAAGCUUGGGCCGUGGCUCGCUCUCCUUCACUAUGCCUCUGCCUCUUUUUUGGCACCCUGUUUUCAUGCCCCUCCCCUUCCCAUUAUCUGUCCUCUCCUUUUCAGUCCUUUCAUGUCCCCUUCCCUGGCCAUGAUGCAGAAUUUAAAUUUAUAUUUUAAUUCUGCCUUUCCCCCCUUGGGUAGUGGAUUGUCUUCUUCCCUGCUCCAUAUUUUUAAAUGAAUGAAAGCUGAAUAUGAAUAAUCGCAAAAAUCAGCCAGGCUCCACCCAGAAAUAGUUCGGUUUUUUUGCUUUCACCCAGGCAAAGACCAUGUAAUGUGGUCUGUGCUUCCCACCCUCACUCUGACCUGCACUUCUCCCCAAAGAAAAGGAGUAACACAAGAAAUAGGGCACUAAAAAAUGUUUGAGCCCAGCCACUGGGGGGGGGGUUCUGUUGAUUAUCGCAUGUUGUUUGAUGCCCCCCUGCUUGCCAGCCCACGGGAAACCAACAGACCAGGUCUGUCCAGCCCUGGGAAGCUGUCACGGACAGGGGCCCAGAACUUUUCAUCUGUCCCUUCGCUUUACUUCUCUGGUCCAGGGUUCUUGGAGUGUUGAUUUUCCCCUUCAUUUUCCAGGAUAUGUCUCAUCUAGUAUUUAAACAUUCAAGACUUUUUUUGCUUUAAAAUGAAUGGCUUUUGAGAGGAAUGAAAUAUGGAAGUCACUAGAUCAAUUUAUUUUCACCAAAAUAGAAAGCUAAAUCUACAUGAUUCAUUCAUACCUUUCUAAAUCACGAUUUUUUUUUUAAGUAACCAUUUUAGACUUUGAAUAUCAGGUUUCUCAUGUGGAAGAAGAGAUAAAUGGUCAAAAGACUUUCCUUAAAACAGGUGCAUAAUCAAGUCUAAGGAACCUCUAUCAGACAGGCAGGUGGAGGACAGUGUCUGAUCCUCAUCAUAUAACACAUUUUUUUAUAUAUAGUUUGUUUUUACAUCACUUUGUGCAUUUUUCCAUCUCAGUUGCAAUCCC